AUGUCGAGACAAGAAGCUCCAGUACAUUUGGCUGACCCUGCACUCACCUUUGACAGCGCUCUGGCUGUUGCAAAGGCCUCUGAACUAGCUGAUCGUGGCACCAGAAAUCUCUCUGGACAGGACGCGUCUGUAAACCGUCUAUUGGACAACCGUCGACGCAAGCCUCCACCCCCUCGGGAGAAACCUCCCUCAAUUGGCCCAACACAACCGUGUUUUCGUUGUGGUGCAGCUCAUCCGGCAACUACGUGCAAGUUUCGCACAAGCACUUGUCACUACUGCAAGAAGCAAGGGCAUAUUUCAAAGCUGACUGGUUCUGAUGAUGAUGAGGAGGACACAGAUGAGUACAGCUUGCUCUACUCCUCCGCUGGCCGCACUCAGCCAAUCACUAUACCUGUUACUCUCAAUGGACUGGAUACUACCAUGGAAAUUGACACAGCACAUUGUGGUAAAAGGCAUAAUUCGUGUGCAUGCCAAGCACAGCAGGAGGAAUUGGAUCUCCUUGUUGUCGCUGGCAAAGGACCCUCCUUGCUGGGACGAGACUGGCUGGAGAACCUAAGACUGGAUUGGCAAAGCAUUAAAUACUCAACGACCGUGGCCGACGAUCUCCAGGAGAUCUUAGACAAGCAUUCCACAGUGUUUGGGAAGGACCUCGGGCACAUCAAGGAUGCUCCUGCUACUAUUCAUAUUGAUCCAGCGCACAAACCUCGAUUUUGCAAGGCCCGUCCUGUUCCCUACUCUCGCCGCUUGAAAGUGGAGAAAGAAAUCUCACGUCUCGAAGAACAAGGCGUUAUUGAACCAGUGCAGUUCUCCGAUUGGGCAGCUCCUGUCGUACCGGUGGUCAAGAAGGAUGGCUCUAUCCGACUGUGCGGUGACUACAAGGUUACUGUCAACACUGUGGCUAAACCUGACACUUACCCGCUACCUCGCAUUGAGGACAUCUUUGCCUCUCUGGCAAAUGGUAAAUCAUUUACUAAGUUAGACCUUGCACACGCCUACCAACAGAUCUCACUGACGGAGGAAUCCAAGGUCCUGACGACUGUCAACACUCACAAGGGUCUCUUUCGGUACAACCGUCUACCGUUUGGGGUCUCAGCUGCUCCAUCGAUAUUCCAACGAACCAUGGAGAGCCUCAUGCAGGGUCUACCUCACGUAGUGGUGUAUAUUGACGACAUCCUCGUGACAGAAUCCACUGAAGAAGAGCACCUCCGCACUCUAGAAGAAGUCCUAGACAGACUUGAGAAGGCCGGAGCUCGCUUGAAACGUGAGAAAUGCAGAUUCAUGCUUCCCAUGAUGGAGUACCUAGGUCACCAGAUCUCUGCUGACGGUCUCCAGCCCACGGACGCAAAAAUCAAGGCAUUGAAACAAGCACCCAUUCCCCGGAAUAUUACUCAGCUGAAGGCAUUUUUAGGCCUCCUGAAUUAUUAUGGCAAGUUUGUGCCUAAUCUCUCUACUCUGCUCGCCCCCCUUCACAGGUUACUACGGAAGGCUACUGCCUGGAUUUGGGACCCGGGCAUCUCGAAAAUAAAGAGUCUCGCCCGAUGUUUUGUAUGGUGGCCCGGAAUGGACAAAGCACUCGAAGAGAAAGUCGAGCUGUGUGACGCCUGCCAGCGAACCAGGAAACUCCCUCCAGUGGCACCGAUAUAACCCUGGGAAUGGCCAAAACGCCCCUGGGCUAGGCUGCACAUCGACUACGCUGGCCCGCUUCUCGGACACAUGUUCUUGGUCGUAGUAGACGCCCACUCGAAGUGGAUGGAGGUGAAAGUUGUACGGCACGCUACCACGGCUACUACUCUCACUGAACUCAGGUCGAUCUUCGCGACUCACGGCAUACCUGAAUUGCUCGUGUCAGACAACGGAUCAGUGUUCACCAGUGUUGAAUUCAAGGACUUUUGAAAAAACACAAGGAAUUUGACACACUACCUCAGCACCAUACCACCCCGCAACAAAUGGAUUGGCAGAAUGAGCCGUCCAAACCUUCAAGGCUUACAUGAAGAAAGCCCCUGACGCCCCACUCAGAGACAACCUAUCUCAGUUUCUGUUUCAGUACAGAAUGACGCCGCACUCCACGACAGGCAUCUCCCCAUCUGAGCUACUACUGAUUCGCCGACCUCGCUCUAAGCUUGACCUAGCUAUCCCGAACCUGACUCAGAAAGUUCGCGCAAAACAGCUGAAGCAAAAGAUUGGUCAUGAUCAGCAUGCUGUGGCUUGGAAGUUCGAUGUUGGAGACAAUGUCUAUGUUUGUGAUCUGCCCUCCAAGAAGGACUGGGUUCCCGGCACAAUUGAAAGUACAGCUGGCCCUCUGUCUUUCAACGUUACCCUGAUGAAUGGUCAAACGUUUCGUCGACACGCAGAUCAUCUUCGCCCCCGCUCUACAUUCGAACAACAACCCCUGACUGAUUGGACUGAUAUACCGGAACUAGAUCAUGAUACCGAAACACCCGACUUGAACUCUGAACAAUCACCACCACCACCAACUGGCUCGACACUAGCAACUCCAAGUGUUCGUCGGUCAGCUCGAGCGACAACCGCUCCAGACUACCUUGUGGACCAUUACUAGUUUUUAGUGAGUUAUUCUAUAUGUUGAUGUAACGCUUCCAUCUAGUAGGGGAGGAAGUGUAGUAAGUAAUGUGCAUAGUGUUUACUUUUAGUUGUGUUAAUUAACUCAUUUCCUGUGGUUAACUUUACUUUUCUGUAUAGUUGUUCUUUGUUCCCUUUGUUUCUUUGUUCCCUUUGUGCCUAGCUAUAGGGGCCCGCUCCAGGCGGCUCUUUGUGUAUGGGAGCCUCUGCUCCACUGCCUUUUGUCUUGUACAUACUUAUACCUUUGUUCUUGUGCAUUUUAUCAGUUGUUGAAUACGAUUUCACUAAA